GUGCAGUCAAAAGUAAUAAAUAUAAGCUCCUCAGUUUUAUACGUCAAACUAUCGCUUAAGCAAUGUAUAAAAUUAGUUUAUAAGUUGGUUACAUUUUAGUUUAUUCUCUUUUAAUGGCUCUAAGUGACUAUUAAAUCCGUGUUGUGGUAGCUCUUUGGUUGGCUUGAAUAGCCAGCAGUAACUAAAUAUAAAAAUAAAGAAAGUAAUUGAGAGACUUGGAGGGAAGAACAGCGCAUACGCGAGAGUGGUCGAGUGAAUGUUUACAGCGCAUGAAUUAGGUUUUGGUGGUUUAUCUGAGUACCUCUAGCCCCAUGACUAAUGCUUAAAGAUGGGCUGACUUGGGUGUAAUCACCUGCCUCUACAGGUUUAUUAUCAAACACGGUGCAGUGUUGCAGUUAACUGCUUAGCAUUAAAGCCCAAUAUAGGCAAGAGUGUUGGAAAGCUCAUCUUUUCCAGCACUGGGUGCAUUGUACCUCCAGUCGAUUUGAUUGGUGAACCAAACUGGUUAUAUUUUAGCCAGUGAUAAGGGGUUUUCGGAUCUGGACAAAGCAUUUUGGAUGCGGCCCACUGUAUGUACGAUACCGCUAAGCUCCCUUCAAAGGCAGUGGAAUUGUUCUAAAUGCGAACAUCGAUAAUACUUAUCGAUAUCUAGACUGAUCCUCGAUAUCCAUGACAAUAAUUAAUACACAUGACUAAAUAUGCAAAAAAAAAGCCCCAAGUGGACUGAUAUGCAAAAAAGCAUUUCACCACGGCACCUGCGCAUAUAAUGGUGGAUAGCCUGUGGAACGUCCUUAUCUUAUCGUGUAAGGUGGACACGACACGAACACUAAUCAGAGAAUAGAGCAGUUCUAACUCACAAUAUUGAUAAACAAAGUAAGGGCCAGCCGAGAGAUACACGCGCAUUUAUUGGCAGCAAACAGAAGCCAAAACUACGGACAUGUCCGAAUCGGGAAUCAAAAAGUUGAGCCAGGAGCGGACUCGCGAAUGGUUGGCUAGUCAGGAGGACGAGGAACUGGAGUCCAUUGCAGAGUCCUCGGUUGUGGACAGCUUGGACUACGAUUAUACCGAGGAAGAGGAGGAUGCCGACCAAAAUACCAGUGAAGAAAUCAGCACUAUGACACUAGGCACUCAAAUCGCUACCAAAAAGCAUUCGAUCAUCAGCGACACCAUAAGGGACCUUAUGAACUCGAUCAACAGCAUUCAGACUUUGGGCAACGUUAAUAUAAGCAACUCCACGAACGUCCAUAUCGGCAAUGUUACCAAUAUUAAUGGAAAUAUACAAAUCAUAGCCGAUGGCCUUACUCAAAACCGAAGAGAUCGGCGGCAUGUUUCACCACCGAGAGAUAACGCUCCCAAAACUCCGACACAUUUCGAAGACGACUAUCAGGACGAGUCGGAGGAGAGGGUGCGCUCGGAUGUGUUCAUCAGGCGCCAGAAAUUCAAAAUACCCAAGGAGCUGUCCGCCAUCAUUCCGCGCUCUUCGUGGCUAGCACAGAAGCCCAUGGACGAGCCACUGCCCUUGCAACUGCCUGUUAAAUAUGUGGUUAUCUUACACACAGCUACAGAGAGUUCAGAAAAGCGGGCGAUCAACGUAAGACUUAUCCGUGACAUGCAGUGCUUCCACAUUGAGUCGCGGGGAUGGAAUGACAUUGCGUACAACUUCCUGGUCGGCUGCGAUGGCAACAUCUACGAGGGACGCGGAUGGAAAACGGUGGGCGCCCACACUCUGGGUUACAACAGGAUCUCGCUGGGGAUCAGUUUCAUUGGAUGCUUCAUGAAAGAACUCCCGACGGCAGACGCCUUGAAUAUGUGCCGCAAUCUGUUGGCCCGCGGCGUUGAGGAUGGUCACAUAUCCACCGACUAUAGAUUAAUUUGUCACUGCCAGUGCAAUUCGACGGAGAGUCCUGGUCGGCGAUUGUACGAGGAGAUACAGACAUGGCCCCACUUUUACAAUAUCGAGGAGGAGGAACAAUGAGGGACAAAAGAAGAGCACCAUUUCACAUACUUAGACUUAAAUGCACCCGAGUUACGUUUAUAAUGUUGAACAUUAAAUCACCUGUUUAUAAAUUUUCC